AUGGACAGGAUCCGGGACGGCAGGAGAGGCGGCGUGUCCGUCGGAGGCGGGCCGCCGCCUCCGAGGAGGCGCCUCAGGAGCAACGGCGGCGGCGGCGGCGGGGGCCCCAGGGACUCGCCGCGCUCCGAGCGGCGGCGUGGCGAGCGCCUCAUGCUUAACGGCGGGGGCGGCGGCGCCAGCCGGGACGACGGCGACGACACCUCCGACGAGAGCCUCGCCGACGACGACGACGACGCCGAGGAGGAGCUCGCGCCGCGGUACCAACAGCAGCGGCGGUCACCGAGCACGGCGCCGCCGCCGCCCUCGCCGCCGCAGCCCGCCGGUGGCCACCACCACAGCAGUAGUAGCAGCGGCGGCGGUGGUGGAGGUUACCACAACCACCACCACGGCCAGCAGCACCAGAUGCAGCGGAAGGGCGGCGGCUCCAAUCCGAAGAGCCCCAUCGUGGUCAAGGCCGUAGACGAAAUGAUCGGCGUGCCUGUCCCGCGGAAAGCUCGCUCCGCUUCAACGAAACGCUCUUCCCACGAGUGGCCUGUCCCCGGCGGUGGAACCAGUGGAGGCAGCGCCGGCGCAGGAGACGGCUCGCAGAUCCAACGGCCUUCGUCACGGCCGAUCUCUCCGGCGUCGGCCUCAACUACCGCCCCUGCUCGGAAGAAGCUUAAACCACUUGGCGGUGGGAGCAGCGGUGGUCCAGGGCCAGCGCCGAAGCAGCGACCAUCGCCGUCCCCAGCGCCUUCAACAACCCCGCCACAACUGCCGCCGCCGAAGAUUUCGAAGUCGCCAUCUUUCAUCCAAGAGGAAAUCGAGGUUGCCGAGGUGCUGUUCGGGCUCACCAGGCAGUUCCCGUGCCCUCCCCCCAAGCAGGAGAGCAACCACAAGCUCGAGCCCAGAGAUGCGCCAGAGGCCAAGUCCGGGAACUCUUCGCCAGCCCCCUCGUCUUCUGGCGCCCGACCGUCAGAUUCCACCUCCCUUUCCACUAUAGCGCCAAAGAGGAAGAGGCCACGGCUGGUAAAGUACGACGAAGAUAGCCGCCCGGCGAGCCCAGCGAAGCCAGAGUUGGCGGAGCCGUCCUCAAAGCCGGAGCCACCUCCUGUGGCUAGAUCAGAAGCAAAGACGGCAACGUCGGUAGCAGCAGAAAGUGGCACCAGCACCGCCCCUGCGGCCGCCGCCCAACAUGAGACUUCACGAGAGCCAGAGAAGACGGAGGAUCGUGGUAGAAACAGAGACUCGGAGCUACGGCCAAGCGAAUCAGAUCGGCGAGAUCACAGGCUGGAGAGCCAAGCCGAGCCGCCGGCGCCUUCAGUCAAGCCGGAUGCUGAAGCAAAGCCGGUGGGCUCCGAGGCGAGGAACGGCGAAGCUACUGCCACGACAAAGAUUGAGCUGGCAUCGGAUGGCGCUCGGCAAGACAAGAAGUUCUCCAUUGAUCUCAUGGCUCCCCCUCCUGGGAAGCUAUCUGAUGAUAUAGAUGGCUCCUCCGACCCAGAUGCAGAUAAGAAGGGAUUGGAUUCUGAGAUGGACAUGUUGGGGAGAGGAAAUUCUGAAAAGAAGGAUGGUGAAAGGACUCGGAGAGGGCUGGAUAUUGAUUUGGAGGACCAGAAGGUCCAAAGAAUUCCAGCCGAUGAGUUCGUGCCCAAGAAGCUCACGCUGCAGUUGGAUUUGGAGAAGCCCAGUCUUCGUGAUGAAAAAUCACCAUCAGAGCGACGGCAGCCGCAGCCUCAGCCACAACAAUUGCAGCAGCAGAAGCCCUCAAAGGCUGAGAUAAAGCACGAGAAAUCUGCUAUGCCUGCUGUUACCCCACCUAUGCCUAUACCUGUUGGAGGCUGGCUUGGGAAUUUCCCACCGUUUGGUUACCUUAGUCCAGUCCCAGGCCUAUCAGCAGCUGGUCUUCAUCAUCCCAUGGACGUGAAGCCAGGGUCUUCUAGUGGAUUACAGCAUGCUGCAUUGCUUCCACCGCCUACGCGCUCAAAGAGAUGUGCUACACAUUGCUACAUUGCACAAUUUAUCCAGCACCAGCAGCGAGUUGCAAAGAUGAACUCUUUCUGGCCGCCAGCUGCUGCAGCGGCAGCCGCCGCCGCCGCCAAUAGAUCGGGGCCAUUCUUUGGUGCAAGGCCAUUCGGCAUGGGUGUUGUGCCACCGACGGAUGCCGCCUCUAUGCUUGUGAACCCAAUGCAGGGAAGCUACCCUGUUAGGGCCCACACCCCAAUGCAAGAAGCAAAGGCUCCUAUGGCUACAUCACCAUUCCAGGGGAGUCUCUCGAAGGAUAAAGCACUAGGCAAUGCUGCUGGUGCUGAAUCAAGCCAGAGGAAACAACCACCUGCUCAUGAAACACAGCAGUCCACUCCCAUGCCAAACAUGCUGCAGCAAGCCCCGGCAUUUAUCUUUCCGUUCAAUCAGCAACAUGCUAUGGUGGCAGCUGCAAAUGCUGCCAAUCGAGCAGGGGAUGCAAAAUCAUCUGGAGCCAGCAAUGCAAUGCCGCCAUCUGCCAGCGCUCACACUUUGGCAGCAAACUCUGGUGCUGCGGCCAUGAACUUGAGCUUUGCCAACUUGCAACCGGCUGAUGCCCAGUUCUUGGCCAUCUUACAGAAUGGAUACCCGUUCCAGGUUGCUGCCCAUCCUGGAGGGCCUCCAUAUCGAGGCAUGGCACCACCAGGCCCAGCUGUUCCAUUCUUCAAUGGGCAUGUGUACUCCUCUCCUAUGCUGCACCCAUCACAGCAGCAAGGCGCGCAACCACAAAGUCAUCAGAAGACCCAAAUGCCAAACUUGGCCAGUUCAUCACAGAAGCAUCAGCCACAACAGUCCCAAGGGCAAUUGGGAUAUGCACCAAAUGCUAAUGCAGCAGCAGCUGCUGCUAGUAAUUUGCAGAAUUAUUCAAGUGGCAAUCAGCGCCCUGUCCUGCUACCUGGCCUUAUGCACCGACAGGAGAGCGACAAAACUGGACAAGAUGGUCCGUCGAGUGAUGACAAGCCAUCUCACUCUCAGAAGAGCGGGUAUGAACACAAUUUUGCUGUUCCAGUCCAUCUACCGAAUUUUGCAAUGAUGACAGCUGCUCAACCUGCUGGCAGUCAGAGUGAGAAGAAGUCAAGUGAUCACCAUCACCACCAUCAGCAGCAGCAGCCACAAGUCAGUCGAGGCCAGGGUGUGAGGAUUGAUCUUGCGUCUUCUCAACCUUUUGUGAUGCCCUUUGGCUCCAUUGGUCCUCCUGGAUCUACCCCAACUGGUCUUGACUUUUCAGCAUUGGCGCAGAACCAUGCAGUUUUCCAGAGCCAUCAAGAAGCAGCACGGCAUGGUUAUCCUCAACUUAAUUUUGCUGCAGCUCAAUCUAUGCAAUCCACGCAGCACAAGCCCCAGCAUGGAGAAACAAAAUCUGUUGCUGGGGAUUCAUCGUCAACACCCAUUGCUGGAGACAGUGAGAGAAAGAAAUCAACUUCUUCAAAGUAUCCCGGUGAUUCACAGCAGCAUUCGCUGUCCUUCACCAGGACUGAAAGCAAGAAUUAUGUGCCUCCUUUCCUUAGUGGCAGUACAAAUGAAAGUUCGUCCCGCACCCUGAGCCUUAUUGGAACAGAAUCUUCAAAUGCAUUUAUGGGAAGCAAAACCACAAAUUCCACCACCCCUUCCUCUACACCAGCUGCAGCUUCAUCCAGCAUUUCUCAGCAGCAGCAGCAGCAGCAGCACCAACAUUUCCUUCAGAUGCAAGUGCAACAGAAGCAUCAGCAGCAUCAGCAGCUGAUUCAGCACCACCAUAUGAAUCGGCCCAGAUCUGCUGCACCAAGUACACAAAAUAGUGCAGGUCGGUACCCGGACGGUCUGAGCAUGGCAAGUUUUCAGAAUAUGAUGUACCCAUCAAGUGCUGCCCAAGGGGGAGUUCAAUCCCCCCAGUUGAAGGCAUCCUCAGGGAGAGGGACACCUUCAUCUACUGCUACGACCCCCCCUGCUGCUCCACCCCCUAAUUUGAGUAGUCUCCACCAGCAACAAGCAAAAGUUCCUAUGCAGGCUUUUUCUACUCCCGGUCACCAACCCCAGAGUUCUUUAAGCAUGAAUUCAUCAAAGAUAGGGCUUUCUGUAACUAACCUUUCUACUGGAGGAGGGGAUCUAUCUCGAUCUUCGAAUGCCCCUGUUGCUUCUGGUUCACCAUCCAAUUCGGUGUCCAAAAGUACUGGUGGCAGCCCACCUGCCACGGGAAAUGCAAAGGGUGUUCAGCAGCCUGUCCAGUUGCCAUCACCGCAGCAGCAGUCAGCCAAGAACUCUGCAUCGACGUCUGGCACCAAGUCUACUCCUACGAAUCAUUUCAGUAUGGCUAUGCCAUCUAUCCUUGGCCAACAGCCUAAUGCAUCACCUGGUUCUAAUCCGGGGAGCAAACAGCACUCACAUAUGCCACCAUCAUCAAUGAAACAGCCGCCGUUCCAGCAAGGCCAUUUCUUCAUAUCCAACACUUAUGCUCCUCAGGCUCCAGGAGCUGGUGGUGCUGCUGCCCUAGGCCUCUACCAGAAGCGACCAGGCGACAAGACGCAGCAGCAGGCACCACACCAGCAGAACACCUUGUCAGCUGCCGCCGGCAAUAACAUGAAAGUGCUUCAUCCUUCAUCCGGUGGAUUUAUGCAUCUUGCAGCGGCAACCCAGUCUGCAGGUGGCGUGCCACACACCCACAUGUCCGCCGCACAAUUGACUUUCGGGACAAUGCCAAUGCCUUUAAAACCCUCAAGUGACCAGAAGCCUGCUGCUGCUUUAACUGGAGGAAGGAUUCAAUUAGAAUGCAGAUCAGGUAACUUUGUUAUGCAGUUGGUGCUCCCGUUAUACACUGUCUGUCGAUACACUCUGCUUGGAUUGUUUAGCAACUAG